CACAAGCUGCAGGAGAGGGGGAAACAGCCGCCGUGCGUCCAGAUGGGAGUAUCCCCGGUGGGGAAGCGGAGACCCGGGCCGUGAGGAGGCGGAUCUAAAGCCGCUCCAGACCUGAACUCAGGACAUCAUCAGGACGAAGCCCAUCGCCUCCCGGGCUGGAGAGGAGCCGCAGCGUCCCGGCCGGGCGGCGGGCACCAUGACGAGCCGGGAGAGAUGGAUAAACUGACCGUGGUCUCGGGAUGCCUCUUCCUCGCUGCGGACGUCUUCGCCAUCGCGAGCCUCGCCAACCCGGACUGGAUCAACACCGGAGAAUCAGCUGGCUCCCUGACCCUGGGCCUGGUGCGGCAGUGCCAGACCCUCCACGGCCGGGCCCGGACCUGCGUCCCGCCGCGGCUGCCCAGGGAGUGGCUGGCCGCGCUGCUCCUCAUCGUCCUGGGCAUCGUGUCGCUCAGCGCCGCCUGCGGCCUGCUGGUGGCGUCCCUCUGGCGCCAGGAGGCCGGCCGAUACGCCCGCUGGGUGGCCUUCGCCGGCAUGGUCCUCCUCUGCAUGGCGGCGCUCGUCUUCCCCGUCGGCUUCUACGCCAGCGAGGUGGGGGGGCAGCCCUACAAGCUGCCCAGCGGCACGGCGGUGGGCUCCUCCUACGUGCUCUUCAUCCUCUCCAUCUUCUUCGCCAUGGUGGGGCUGCUGUUCGCCGGGAAGAUCUGCCUGCCCGGCUGACGCCGCUCCGCUGACCGCUCCAACUUCCUCUUAGCCUUACAAUGUCUUUAAAAAACCACCUCAAAGCUGUUGUCUCUUCUCAAACGGACCGUGAGCCUGAGCUGAAGCCUUGUUCCUCAGAAAGAUGUUAGUUCCGCUGCUCCAUGAGGGUGUUGGUGUUUUAGAAACCUUGCCUUAAAGACCUGCUGACCUUAACUCUCUGAGGGUUUCGUAUCGUGGAAGGAGUCGGUCCGGCGGUCCGGUGGAGCAGUGGAGCGGCGUGGAGGCCGUUCCCAGCAGGUCAGACCGUCUGUGGCCUCUCUGUUACCUCUUCCUGUUGAUGCCUGUGUGUGUGUAUACAUGAGGGGACGGUCGCUGUACGCCGUUACCCAGAAGCACCGGUGUUUGUGAAUCAGCAUGAGCGG